UGCCUGUGACAUGCCUCCGCCACAGGCUUUAAGCCUUUAAUUGACAACCUCAACAAUAUAAUCAUAUCAGAUCAGAGCUGGGGAGAAGGAGAAAUUAAAUGGAUAUGGAGGAGGUGAGCAACAAGCAGGUGAUACUGAAACACUACGUCACCGGAUCUCCCAAAGACUCCGACUUGGAAAUCCGAACCACUAGUGUGAAGCUUGAGGUUCCACAAGGUUCCGGCGCCGUUGUUGUGAAGAACCUUUACCUUUCCUGCGACCCCUACAUGCGUGGUCGCAUGAGCAUGACCAAACCCCACGGCACCUAUAUCGACUCUUUCACUCCAGGAAAACCCAUUGUCGGAAUUGGUGUUGCUAAAGUCGUGGAUUCUGAUAAUCCAAAUUUCAAGAAAGGUGAUUUGGUUGCGGGAAUGACCGGAUGGGAGGAGUACACCAUUAUCACCGCUACACAGUCUCAGUCUCUCUUUAAAAUCCAACAUAAAGAAGAUGACGACGUCCCUCUUUCUUACUACACUGGACUCCUCGGUCCGGCCGGUAUGACUGCUUAUGUUGGAUUAUAUGAACUGUGUUCUCCCAAGAAAGGAGAUUCAGUGUUUGUUUCAGCUGCAUCUGGUGCUGUCGGUCAGCUUGUCGGACAAUUUGCUAAGCUUUUCGGUUGCUAUGUUGUUGGUAGUGCUGGUACCAAACAAAAGGUUGAUCUGCUGAAGAAUAAAUUUGGGUUUGAUGAAGCUUUUAACUACAAAGAGGAGCAGGACUUGGAUGCAGCCUUGAAAAGGUACUUCCCUAAGGGAAUUGAUUUGUACUUUGAAAAUGUGGGGGGAAAGAUGUUGGAUGCAGUGCUGCUGAACAUGAACCUCAAGGGGUGCAUCAUUGUGUGUGGAAUGAUCUCGCAGUACAAUCUGGAAAAACAUGAAGGCGUUCACAACUUAUUCUGCCUUAUCUCAAAACAAAUUCGCAUGGAAGGAUUUCUGGUAAGCGAUUACUACCAUCUCUACCCGAAAUAUUUGGAGAUGAUGCUGCCAUUGAUAAAGGAAGGCAAGGUUACAUACGUAGAGGAUGUAGCUGAGGGGCUUGAAGCUGCUCCUGCUGCUUUGAUCGGCCUUUUCUCUGGUCACAAUGUUGGGAAGCAGUUGGUGGCCAUUUCACAUGAUAAUAUAUGAAUAAUAGUACAGUUGCUAGCUAUAUAUAUGUUCUCAAAUUUACAUUAUACUAAACAUUUACAUACUAUAUAUAAUAAAGUCUUUCAUUUGAGUGGUGUAUGUUCAACAUAUAUAUUUUGACGAUUAUUGAGUGUGUUAGAGUUGUUU